AUGGCCCUCGAAAACGUUGCGCUCGAACACGUCCCCUCAGGAUACGGUGUCUACGUUGGCUUCUUCCGUGAUGUCACCAAUGCCGACUUCCUCCACCAACAAUUAUUGUCCCGCAACAGGGACUUUGAGUAUGCUUUUAUCGACGCAUCCUCCGUCAUCUCGCGACUGCAUCUCCUAUCAGCCGUCUACAGCGCCCUCAACACAUUACUAGUCGGGGCAUUGAGGACACCAAAUGUCCACUCAGAGAUCGUGACGUCGUUCAACACAAACAACAAUAUUGCCGAUGCGUACAGAAGAUGGGGCAUAACGCCAGGAAAAACCAAGGACCUUAUCGUAGUGAAGAUCAUCUCUCCCACCGCAGAAGGACAAAAUGGAUUCUCGGCAACUUCAGCGCGCACGCCAGAAGCUAUCUGGGCUCACCUAACAGAACACGUCAUGGGCAAACCCGUGCCAGUGACGGACUCGGAGAUUGCUCAGGCGACGGACUGGCCUAAGGUUCGCAAAUAUUACAGACUCAAUGGCGUGCCAGCACUAGAAAAGGUCGCAGACAAGGCAGAGCACCAGAGGAAAAUGGAACAGCUCGCCAUCAUGGGCAUGGCCUUGCGCGGCUUAUGA